GACCUGUAUUUCCUCAUCACGUGAUCUGGAAUCGCAGCAGAAAAACAGACAUUGCUCGAGACAGAAAACUCCACAUAACUCCAAAGACAUGACGAUCACAGACGUGUCCCGUUGUACGAUGGAAGUUAUAGAAGUUGAGGAAUUCUUGCGGAACCCUCCGCCCGGUUUCACCGUAGAGGCUGGCUACGGAUUCGUGAAAAGCGAUCCUGAAAACUGCUGCGUGUUCAUCGAUGACUUCGAGUUAUCCAGAGGAGGAAAAGUAGUCUUCCAACACUCGCAGGGAAAGAAAAUCACAGUGCGCAAUUUGGGAGAUUACACUCGCUUCAGGAAGAACCUAACCUCAAAAAAGAUAUAUAUACUGGUGUCUGCAUGUGAAAGUACACCUUCAUCGACAGAUAACAAAGCUCCCAAAAACAAAAGAGUGCUCCAGCAGUAUGUGGUGUCCAUUGAUGGCCGUAACCCUCUGAUCAAGUGGGAGAUUGAGAGAGGCCUGGACAGGACUAUCUCCUCUGUGGCUGGGGAGAGCUACAGGGUUGACAUUGACCUGUGUGAUGCGUUGCGUGGCUGGGAAGGGGAGAGUUUCUGUCUCCUAGGCAAUAGAGAGAAGGUCACACCCGUGUGGAAGGAUACCUGCUUCACCUUGAAAUAUUACUCGGAUGCCCUCUUCGACUUCCCACACUGGCUCGGCUUCAGCAAACGACAUUUCAAGAUCUCCUACCAUGGAAGAUGAGACCUUAGCAAGAAUCAAUAAUUACUAUUUGAUGGGCAAGAAGACUGGACAUAGGCCAAAGAUGAUGAUCUAUUAUAUUGACAAGGUAGCCGAGUGACCACUCUAACAAUGGAAAUGCAUGUCCUCAAUGUUUGAAGGCAACUGAGGUCAGGUGGGACCAUACUAGCCAAUGAGAGGGCAGAUAUGUGUGUGAACAACAGGCACAACCAAGUCAUUUUUCGCAAAGCUGUCGGAAUGCCACCUGCAUCCACUUAGAUCGGUACAUUUGAAACAGUCUAAAAAUUACAGACUUCUAUUGAAAUCAAAUUAGCCCCAUGUAUUUCUACACUCUCUCAUAGACCUCCAUACAAAAAGGGUCUUAUCUCACACGGCCAUAUUUAGGGCGGUAAAUCCUCUCGCUUCGCCUCUUCCAAGGCCCAUGUUUCAGUGGACAGCGACACCUGUCAGUUGAAGUGAGAAGCUGGGAUGCCUGCUAUGCAGGAUUCCACCACUGGGAGGAGCUGUUUAUCAGUAGACAUGAUCAUCUCGUUUAGUGUAAGACAUGGAUGGUCAGUUCAAUGCUGCUGCUUUGGUUUGAGAAUUUAACCCUCGGCUGCACUGUUAUGUCACUGGGAAGAUGGAGUAAGCCAGUCGGCAAGAAACUAUUGAAAGAACAGCCCAAAAGACUUCACAAUGAGUUGUUUUAUCUAGUUCAUAUAUACAGGGCCUUUAGAAAGUAUUGAAAGAACAGCCCAAAAGACUUUACAAUAAGUUGUUUUAUCUAGUUCAUAUAUACAGGGCCUUCAGAAAGUAUUUCAAUCCUUUUGACUUGUUCUACAUUUUGUUGUGUUACAGCCUGAAUUUAAAAUGGAUUAAAUUGGGUUUUUGUUAUUGUUACUGACCUACACACAAUACCCCAUAAUGACAAAGUGGAAGGAUGUUUUUAGAAAAAAAUCAAAUUAAUUUAAAAAAAUAGUUUUAAGUAUUCAACCUCUUAUGGCAAGUCUAAAUAAGUUCAGAAGUAAACAAUCCACAUAAUAAGUUUACAUGGAUUCACUGUGUACAAUGCUAGUGUUUA